AUGCGUUCACAUUCCUUAUUUUCCCUUUGCCUCGGCUUGGCAGCCGCCACCUCACCCUACGCUCCUUCAACAACCCCCUGCCCGGGCGGCCCCUUGAUCCGCGACGGGAACACCGACCUGAGCGGCCGAGAGGAAGCAUACCGCGUCGGGCGCAAGGCCAAAGCCGACGUCUCGCUCGCUUCGUGGCUGGAGAAGCAGAGCCCCGGGCUCGGGUCGGGGAGCCUGCCCGCCCUCGGCCUCUCGGUCUCGGGCGGCGGGUGGCGCUCGUUCCUCACCGGCGCGGGCGUGAUGCAGGCCAUGGACGGCCGCGAGGGCGGCGACGCCGCCACCAGCGGCCUGCUGCAGGCGCUGACGUACCACACCGGCGUGUCCGGCGGCGGCUGGCUCGUCUCGUCGUGGGCGGGCAACAACUUCCCCACCGUGGGCCAGCUGGCGGACGACCUGUGGAAGCCGGCGUUCAAGCACGGCAUCGAGGCGCCCGACGGCUGGAAGUUCCUCGCGGCGUACGCGGAUAUCACGGCGGACAUCUUGGAGAAGAAGAAGGCGGGCUACCCGGUCUCGCUGGAUGACGCGUGGUCGCGGCUGCUGUCGUACCAGAUGAUCGAGGGGGAUAGGGGAGGCGUUGCCACUCGGUUGUCGGACGUGGCUGGCUUCUCUAAUUUCUUGGAUCAAAGCGUGCCGUUCCCCAUCAUCGAUGCCAAUGGCAUCAACACCAAGGCCGGGCUCUGCGGACCCACGGACAACGGCACCGUGUGGGAGUUCACGCCGUACGACUUUGGCAGCUGGAACGACGACGUGUCUGCCUGGAUCCCCGUCGAAUAUCUUGGCACCGCUGCCGGCGACACGGAGUGUACAGUUGGCUUCGAUAACUUGGGCUUCGUCCUUGGCACCGGGUCUAAUCUAUUGGGCAAUUCGGCGUGCGUGGAGUCGAACCCGUUCGGGGAAUUGCAGAAUGUUCUUGAGAAACUUGUCGACGUGCUCCACGACGUGGACGAGAAGCUCGACUUUGCGCGCAUUCCGAACCCCUUCAAGGGCUUCAACGGCACCGGCGACGAGGCGAAGGAGGUAUUCUUGGUCGAUGAACUAUACAUGGUGGACGGCGGUAUCGGCCUGCACAACGAUCCGUUAGCACCACUAUUAGAGCCUGCGCGGAACGUCUCCGUUAUCUUCCUGAGCGACUCCUCUGCGGACGAGGACAACUACCCAACCGGGGCCUGCCUGAUCGAUGCCUCCUGGUAUACCAAGAAUAUUUCCCGCAUAGCAGACCGUAUGCCGACCAUCCCAGUCCAGGAGGUCUUCUUCGAGCAGGGCUUCAACAAGCGGGCUGCCUUCUUCGGGUGCAACGAGCCGGAGGCGGUGACGAUAGUGUAUCUGCCCAACGUCAACUAUACAUACGAGAGCAACCUCGCCACAGCCAAGUUCCAGUACGACACGGAGGUGACGGAGGGCAUGAUCGCAAAUGGCGCACAGACUGCGACACAAAACGGCGCCGACGGUUGGGGGCUGUGUCUGGCGUGCGCUAUUAUGAUGAAGGAGGAGGGUGUGAGCUUGCCGGAUGGGUGCGAUGCUUGCUUCGAGGAGUGGUGUUACAAAGUGCCAACGGACGAGGCUCAGGGCGAGCACCAAGGGGCAACAAACACGACUGGAUCUCUGGUGCAGCGUCGAUCGGGCGAGAGCCAACAACAUCAGUCCACAGGCAGCACACAGUAG